CGCGCAACUGGACGUACUCUCGCAUCCUGCCAAUGGCAUCGGCAACGGCACUGGCAUCAGUUUUAGCCCAAUUCGUGUGUGUUCGUGUGUGCGCGGCUGCGGGUGUGUGCGUGUUGGCCAACUUUAAACGCUCUUAUCAGCGCGCGUGUGAAGCAUGAGCUCGGUGCAAACAAAUUUUGGCGGCAUUUUCAAUUAAUGGCAAUGCCAGCAAAAUCCAUCGAAUAUUUGAAGAAAUAAACCAUGUAGGAAAAUUGAAAAAAAAGCAUUAAAAGGAGCAACACAAUAAAAAAACGUAAAAUCAUCUUUAUGGCGGAGCCGUCUGCCUUGGGUUCGGGCCUUCUUGUCUGCUGGCCAUCUUCACAAGAGGGCUCCCGUUGCUGAAAUGGCGUAUCCUUUGAAGGAGUAUCAUCUCCCUGCUUGGAAUGCAGACACCAGAAGGCAAUCGGAUGCGAAAUUUACUUCAAGGAUAUGAAAAUAGCACAUCAAAUGGGUCAUAAUACACGACAGCAAACGGAAGAGCUUAAAUAAACCAAAAAGAGUACAAAACAGCAGUAACAACAAAGCCAAGUCGGCAACAAUCAACAGCACAAAAGCAACAGCACAACACUGCCACAGAGAAAUCUAAAAAAAAAAAGCACAAAUAAGAGGAAGUCGGAAAGAAAAGUGAAAGCCAAAAGUGAAAGCCGAAAGCCGAAAGCCGAAAUUGUAAACGCUCCAUGUAAACACUUGAAAGCUCGUUAGGAUAAUACAUCCUGCCCGGCACCAAGCACACGCUGGCACAAAAAAACGCAGGGGAGAAAGUAGGGAAAGUGUCACCAUGCGCCGUCCCGCGUGUCUGAGUGGCCGCCAGCUGAAACAACGGGCCCACCUCAAAUACCCACCCACCCACUCAUACACACACAUGCGCCAGCAGGCCAUUGCCAUUGCCAUCGCCAUUGCCAUCGCCAUCGCCGUUGCAUAGUCGCACUUCCGUUUCCGUCUACUCCUCAUUUCCGCUGCGGCUGCAAUUAAGCGGAGCGAAGCAUCCCGAAAAACACACCGUAUAUCCACAAAAUGGCGCACGAGACCACUUUUAAUGAUGCGCUCGACUACAUUUACAUAGCGAAUAGCGUGAAUGACAGGGCCUUUCUGAUAGCCGAGCCACAUCCCGAACAGCAGAGCAUCGAUGGUCAGGAGCAGGUGCAGGACGAGGAGGAGUUUGAGGACAUGGCGGUCACGGAGGAUGCUGGGCUGGAGGAUACGAAUAACAACAACAGCAAGCGCUACUACAGCUCCGGGAAGAGACGCGCUGACCUUGUGAGCUCGCUGGCGCUGAAACCGCCGCCCACCGAUGCGAGCACCACCACCGGCUCACCCUUGGCCACCGCCGCCUUGGCCGCAGCAGCCGCCAGUGCCUCGGUAGCGGCAGCAGCUGCCAGGAUCACGGCCAAGGCGGCGCACAGGGCGCUGACGACCAAGCACGACCCAGGAUCCUCGCCGGCGCCCUCGCCAGCCCUCCAACUGAUCGACAUGGACAAUAACUACACCAAUGUGGCCGUCGGCCUGGGCGCCAUGCUGCUGAACGACACACUCCUCCUCGACGGCAACGACUCGAGCUUGUUCGGGGAGAUGAUGUCCAACCGGAGUGGCCAGCUGGAUCUGACCAACGCGAGUGCGGGCCUCAAUAUGACCACGAGCAAAGUGGCUGAGGACGACUUCACUCAGCUGCUGCGAAUGGCCGUCACUUCGGUGCUGCUUGGACUGAUGAUUCUGGUCACCAUAAUUGGCAAUGUCUUUGUCAUCGCGGCCAUUAUCCUGGAGCGGAAUCUACAGAACGUGGCCAACUAUCUGGUAGCUUCUUUGGCCGUGGCCGAUCUCUUCGUGGCUUGUCUAGUGAUGCCCCUUGGAGCAGUAUACGAGAUUAGCCAGGGCUGGAUACUCGGACCGGAAUUGUGCGAUAUCUGGACGUCGUGCGAUGUGCUCUGCUGCACAGCCUCGAUUUUGCAUUUGGUGGCCAUUGCCGUGGAUCGCUAUUGGGCGGUGACCAACAUUGACUACAUUCACUCGAGGACCAGCAAUCGGGUUUUCAUGAUGAUAUUCUGCGUUUGGACGGCGGCAGUGAUUGUAUCUCUGGCGCCACAGUUUGGUUGGAAGGAUCCGGACUACCUGCAGCGCAUCGAACAGCAGAAGUGCAUGGUAUCGCAGGAUGUGUCCUAUCAGGUAUUUGCCACCUGUUGCACAUUUUACGUGCCACUACUGGUCAUUCUGGCACUCUACUGGAAAAUCUAUCAGACGGCUCGCAAACGCAUCCAUCGUCGACGACCACGACCCGUCGAUGCGGCGGUCAAUAAUAAUCAGCCGGACGGAGGUGCGGCAACAGAUACGAAACUUAAUCGACUGCGUCUACGGCUAGGCAGGUUCUCCACGGCCAAGACCAUGGCCGGAAGUGCCGGGGGCGUCUCAGGAGCCGGAUCCGGGGGCAGGGCUCUGGGCCAGGUCGACGGUAACUCAACGAACACGGUCAACACCGUGGAGGACACCGAGUUCAGCAGCUCGAAUGUGGACAACAAGAGUCGGGCCGGCGUCGAGGCGCCCAGCACGUCCGGCAGCCAGAUAGCCACCGUGUCGCACCUGGUGGCGCUAGCCAAGCUGCAGGGCAAGUCCACCGCCAAGUCCUCGUCCGCUGUCAACGGAGCGCGGGAGGAUGGGGAGGGGCGGGAGCGGGGGCCAGAACAGGAGGGGCAGGACGAGGAGCAGCAUGGGCAGGACCUGGAUCCGGAUGACCUCGCAGCCGCAACCGCAACAUCAGCAACGCCGGCAACGCCAGCCGCAUCCACCGAGGACCAGUGCAAGGCCAACGGGGUGGAGGUCCUGGAGGAUCCGCAGCUGCAGCAGCAGCUCGAACAAGUGCAGCAGCUGCAGAAAUCAGCGAAAUCCGGCGGGGCCAGCACAUCGAAUGCGACCACAAUUACGUCGAUAUCGGCGCUAUCGCCACAAACGCCGACUUCGCAGGGAAUCAUCAUGACCGCCACCGCUGGGGCCGCUGCCGGGCCAAUGACGGCCAAAACCAGCACACUGACGAGCUGCAACCAGUCGCAUCCGCUGUGCGGGACCACCAGUUCGUCUCCCCUCACUCCGGAGCCACGCCCCCGGCAGCAGCCGCCCCCGCAGCAGCAGCAGCAGCAGCAUCAGCAGCAAUCGCAGCUGUCCAGCAUCGCCAAUCCCAUGCAGAAGGUGAACAAGCGGAAGGAGACGCUGGAGGCGAAGCGGGAGAGAAAGGCGGCCAAGACGCUGGCCAUCAUCACCGGCGCCUUCGUGGUCUGCUGGCUGCCCUUCUUUGUCAUGGCCCUGACCAUGCCCCUUUGUGCCGCCUGCCAGAUCAGCGACAGCGUGGCCUCGCUCUUCCUCUGGCUGGGCUACUUCAACUCCACCCUCAACCCGGUCAUAUACACCAUCUUCAGUCCGGAGUUCCGACAAGCCUUCAAGCGCAUCCUCUUCGGCGGCCACCGACCAGUCCAUUACCGCAGCGGGAAGCUCUAGAUAGUGCAUGCGAAGAGGCGAAGACGCUUCUGCUAAACCGACAAGCGGAUGUUGAUCUAACCUCUUCGGCUAUAACUAGGCGAGGAUUAACGCAUCUUGUAUACAAAAGACGAGGAA